AUAAUUCUGAGAAAUUUCGGAAUUCGAUUAUUUCAUAAAAUUUGAAGGAUAAUUUAGUGGAACAAACACCGCGCUGCGCUGUGGAGAAGAAAAUAAGAGGCGGUCCGGAGUCGGACAUCACUUGUGGCGGCUAUUUGAUUUCGGUGGAAUCAGCCACCAGGAGAUUCAGUAAGACCCUAUCAGUCACCUCAGGGGAAGAGGAAGAUCAUGGCGUCGAUAUGCCUGCUCAGCUCUAAAACCCUAGUCUUACCGUCGGCGGCUUAUCUACCAAUAUCCUCUUCAUCUUCUACUAGUCAUAGUUGCUGUUUUGGCGGCUGCAGAUUCUCUUUCCCGAACAAGCCCAUUUCGGCUUCUAAUUUGAUUAUUGUUAGAAGGAGAACGGGGAGGCAUGUGGUUCGAAUGGCCCCGGAGGAAGAGAAGAUCACUCGUCGCAAUCCACUCGAUUUCCCAAUUGAGUGGGAGAGGCCAAAGCCAGGGCGUAGGCCAGACAUCUUUCCUCAGUUUAGCCCCAUGAAAACACCAUUGCCACCACCAUUGCCGUGUGAUCCCCCUGAGGAGGAUGAGGAGGAGGAAGAGAAAAAAGAGGAAGAAGAGGAAAAUCCUGACAAGGAAAAUCCAGAUGAGCCCGAGAAGCAGUAGAUGAUUUUGAAGAACUCCUUGAGUUUUUUUUUUUCCCUUUUCCAUCUUCACUUUGUUUUUUGAUAGGCUGAAAGCAAUAGAUAUCCCCAGGGGACGAUGAGCUGAGAUAGUCAAAUAUGAACCAAACAUGUUUGACUGCUACUACUGAUAUUGCAAUUCUAUAUUAAAUUAAAAAUCUUUUUAGGAUUUCCCAUUCUCUGGAGUUUCAACCCCUACUUUAGGCAGUUUAUUUUUCGAAUAAUUAUCAUGAAUGAUAUGCCUUCUCACCCGUUUCCUUGUCACAAUUUUAGUAUGUUUCAACUGUUAUAUUUGAGUUUUGUUUCAGAACAAAUUUCUAGAAGCUGCCGCAGGUCAGCACAGGGCGUUUCACAUUAUUAUAUGAAAAUCCCAGAACGAUUUGUUGUAAUUGGUUUCUUUUCUUUUCUAUUUAUAUACUAUUACUAAUAUUGAAUGCGACUCCUUGUUGUUUUCCAAGAACGUGACUGAAUGCAAUUAUUAAUUAUUAGUGAAAAGCCUUUCCCCUUCUCACGAGCCCGUCGUUAUUAGCUAUGGCUAAAUGACAGAUGAUUGUGUAAUUCAGAGUAAGUAUAAAUUUGUCUGGUGCAUGCUUGUGGUUGGAUUUAUGUAGCCUUUGACUUUAUAGAUGCCCACUUUCUAUUUAGUAUAUAGUGGCUCUCACUUUGCAGGAUUCAUAAUAGAAGUACUUGAAAAUUCCCAUCUUUAAAAAUUCGUUGGUUGCAAACUAACUUCUUGGAUACAAGUCAAACUUGCAUUCUUUGCCAGAAAUAUUGAAGUGCGCAGGUCCCAGUGGCAGCAGUUGAUGAUUUGCAGCUUCUCUCCUUUGAAGAAUCAUCCAUCCCCAGGGCAUCUGCUUUGGCUUCCUCUCUUAUUCAAACUCAUGAAUCUUACUCCCACUCUGUUCAGGUCACUGGUAAGGCUGCUACUAUCUCUAAUUGUCCAGCCUGCAGCCUCUGUCUCAACCUUGCUUUUUUACAGUGACAUUCUUCCUCAGCAUAUGGUUUCGGAGAGACUGAUUCGGCAUGAAUUGCUUGAUCGAGAAAACUACCUAUUCCAUUUUCUUGUCAACUUUUUGAAGUGCUUUUGGUGAAAAAAAGAAGAACGAAGGAAGAAGACGACGCUGAAGAAAAAGGUACAUCUUUUUCAGAGACCCAUCUCGAUUUUUUCCCUUCGAGUUUAGAUGGCUUUUCUGAUGCCACUGGGAGCACUAUUUUGAAGGGUUAUACUUCGAAAACUACUUUGAUUGUGACUAAACCAUACAAUAAAACGAUAUUAUGGUUGUUGUU